AUGGCUCCAACAAUCCAAACUAAUGGAACUCCAACUGAUCGCGAAAAGCGACCAACAAGGCCCGUCGAAAAAAGAUCAGAGUUAAUUUGUCGGGUGAAAUAUUGCAACACAUUACCAGACAUACCAUUUGAUUUAAAGUUCAUCAACUAUCCAUUUGAAUCGACGAGGUUCAUUCAGUAUAACCCAACAUCGCUAGAACGUAAUUACAAGUAUGAAGUUCUGACAGAGCAUGAUUUAGGUGUUGAAAUAGAUCUAAUUAAUCGCGAUACUUACGCCGGAGAUCCGAAUGCCCAAUUAGAUCCAGCAGAUGAAAAAUUACUCGAAGAAGAUGUUCUCACGCCCCAAGACUCCAAAAGAUCUCGGCAUCAUGCGCGCAGUGUAUCUUGGUUGCGAAGAACUGAAUAUAUUUCUACAGAACAGACGAGAUUCCAGCCACAAACAAUGGAUAAAGUUGAAGCUAAAGUCGGUUUCACUUUGAAGAAGAACUUCAAAGAAGAGACCUUAUAUAUGGACCGUGAUAGCCAGAUAAAAGCUAUUGACAAAACCUUCAAAGAUAACAAAAUAACCAUUGAAAAGCAUUACAGUAAAUCUGGUGUUGUACCAGUGGAGGUAUUACCAGUGUUUCCAGACUUUAAAUUGUGGAAAUAUCCUUGCGCUCAAGUUAUCUUUGAUUCCGAUCCUGCGCCAUCAGGAAGACCUGUACCAGCUCAAAUUGAAGAGAUGUCUCAGGCUAUGAUUCGUGGUGUGAUGGACGAAAGUGGUGAACAGUUUGUCGCUUACUUCUUACCUCUCGAAGAAACUAUGGAAAAACGUAGAAGAGACUUUGUUGCGGAAAUUGAGUACGCAGAUGAUGAAGAAUACGAAUACAAAAUGGCCCGAGAAUACAACUGGAAUGUAAAGAGCAAGUCAUCUAAAGGAUACGAAGAAAACUAUUUUUUAGUUAUGAGAAACGAUGGAGUGUACUACAAUGAAUUGGAGACCCGUGUACGACUGAGCAAACGUCGUCAAAAAGCUGGACAGCAGCCGAAUAAUACACGUCUGGCUGUAAAACAUCGACCACUGACGGCCAGCGAGUUUAAGAUGCAGCGUUAUCGUGAAAAACUACUUGAGCCACCAAACGAAGAUGAAGAGGAAGAAGAAGAAGAAGAGGAUGAAGACGAAGACGAUGAACAAGAGCAAGGAAAAGCCGAAGACAAGACAAAUGAUCAAAAUGAAGAUAGCGACAAUGAAGAAGGCUCACGAGCUUCAUCAAGAGCAUCAUCAGCAGCCUCAUCUCGCUCUAAAAGCCGUUCCAAGUCACGGUCUAAAUCUCGCUCCAAAUCACGGUCUCGUUCGCGAUCUCGUUCAAAAUCUCGUUCAAAAUCUCCUUCCCGUUCAAGAUCUCAAUCCAGGUCACAAUCUCGUUCUCGGUCGCCUUCUCGAUCCAAAUCUCGCUCUCGCUCUCGUUCUCGUUCUCGUUCUCGGUCAAAAUCAAAGUCCGCGAGUCCAGCUAAAUCAAAUCGAUCUGGUUCGGCGACUCCCCAAUCACGGAGUCCGUCAAAAUCUCCAUCAAAAUCACGAUCGCCUUCACCGGCAAAAUCACAAUCACGAUCAUCCUCAGCAUCACCGGAACGAUCAAGAUCUGCCUCAAAGUCUAAGUCACGAUCUCGAUCACCCUCAAAGUCGAGGUCUGCCAGCGGAAGUGGUAGUGGAAGUGGCAGCGCCAGCAGUGCUAGUGGCUCUGAAAGCGAUUAA